CUUAUAAGAUGUGACUGUCCAUUAUUCUGAUCCAAAAUUUCUGAACUCUACACAUGAAUUCUACUCGUCCUCCCGUGCUAGUCGUAGGCGCUGGGCCAGCAGGUCUAGUGGCAGCGUUAACGCUCCUCCAGAACGGCAUCUCAGUUCGCAUCAUCGACAAAGACCCCAACCCUCGAAUCGGACAGCGUGGUCCCGGAAUUUGGCCACGCUCCUUCGAACUAUUUAACUUCCUGAAUGUGCCAGAAGUCAAUGAGCUAGCGAAACCCAUCCCUACAAUCCGUUCACACAAGCCUGGAACGUUAGAAUCUCCGACAGAUUCUUUGCUGGUCCCGCAUAUGGAACGUACCCCUGCGAUACCAUUUCACAUUCCAAAGCUGAUAGGUCAGCAACUCUUAGAUGUGAUUCUGCGACGCCACCUAGAGAAAUUCUCGUGCACUGUCGAGAUGGGCACUGAAUUGCGUUCUUUCGAGCAGUCCGACGAAGGUGUGACGGCUGUAUUAUCAAAGGACGGCAUAUCGGAGACUUUCGAUGCUAAGUGGGUGAUCGGCGCUGAUGGUGCUAAAGGCAUCGUGCGCAAACAGCUCGGGCUCACGUUUUUGGGUGAGACUAGAGGUGAUGUCCGACUGGUCUUGGGAGAUAUUUGUUUAAAUGGCGUUGGUCUUGAUAGAGCGUAUUGGCACCAAUUUGGAACCUUUGAACGAGGCCUUUUCUUACGUCCAACAGACGAAAUUGGCGAGGAUGGCUGGCAAUUUAUUAUCAUGAACAAUGAUCCAGACCUGAUAAAGAUCGCUCAGAGUGAGGAGCUGAUUUUCAAGACUAUCGCAUCAGCGAUACCAAUUGAAGUCACGUUCAACAAGCUUUCGUGGGUGAGCGAAUUCAGGGCCAACAUCCGCAUGGUAAACAAGUUCAGCGAGGGCCGAGUUUUUGUCGUGGGAGAUGCUGCUCAUGUCCACAGUCCAACCGGUGGUCAGGGACUCAAUUCAGGUGUACAAGAUGCUUUCAAUCUAGGUUGGAAGCUUGCCCUCGUCGAAAAAGGACUCGCCGAAAAGUCUCUUCUUGAGACGUAUAAUGCCGAGCGUUUGCCUGUCAUCUCCGAGAUGCUUGAGAUGACCACCACGAUUCUCAACAACGCAAUAAAGGCAGGCAACAUAGCCAUCACACGAGGCCCCAUCCUUACCAUGCUUGGUAUUAAUUGCCGAUUCAGCGACAUCGUCCUCGACGAGUUUGCAGUUCCAGGAAAGCCUAUCAAUGCGUAUGGGGUACUUGACGAGGGGCAGCUGGAGGCUGGAGAUAGGGCACCUGAUGCACCAAAUCUGGUCCAGGUGGGAGGUGGAGAAUCCGAUGUGAAGACGCUUUUUAGUCUGUACAGACCUUGGUAUCACACUGUGCUUGUGUUCGCGCCGAGUCACGCAGAUGCUACCCUGAUUUUGGGUGCGCUGGAGGAAUACGACACAAGCAUCGUGCAAUCAGCAGUCGUUCUGCCUUCAUCAGCGACAGGUGCUACUGUUGCAUCCUGUGCUGACGUCGUUCUUGUUGAUCAGGAGGGCCACGCUUAUUCGGCUUACCUCGUGGAAGCUAGUCAGACGAGGGUGUUCGUGAUACGGCCGGACGGAGUGGUUGGGGCGAUUGUACAUGGUGCAGAAGGUGUGAAGAAGUAUUUCUCCAAAAUACUUUUAGAUGUGUAGUGGCCUGAGUUUCCGUUCAUUACUUAUGACUCUUUCAAGUUGCCUUUAAGCACCACUUAUUUCUACAUACCUUAUUCAAAUUGUAGCUAUUGAAAACCCAUACUUCGCGGCUUCACACAGAACCUUACAGUGUGUAAAGGGGAGCAGUGGAGAUGAGAGACAGAGACGCAUGUACGCAGAGCACUGUGAGGGUAUACUAUCAUUAGAGGAAGACAGAAUUCUGGGGG